AUGGAGCAUCGCUUGAAGCUUGUCAAGAACACUGGAGAGGCGGUCGAUGCAACCAGGUAUCGCAGUAUCAUUGGGAGUCUGAGAUAUCUGGUGAAUACACGCCCGGAUAUUGCCUAUGCUGUGGGUGUGGCUAGCAGAUUCAUGGAAGCACCUGGGAAGCAACACUGGGCGAUCAUCAGACAGAUUUUGAGGUAUGUUCGAGGCACACUGAACUAUGGUUGCCCAUACAAGGCAGGGAAAGGAACUGGUCUGACAGGGUUCAGCGACAGCGACCAUGCCGGCGAUCUGACAGACAGGAAGAGCACGACAGGUCUUGUGUUCUUCAUGGGGCCUAGUGUCAUCACUUGGAGCUCCCAGAAACAGAAGAUCGUGGCUUUAUCUUCCUGUGAGGCUGAAUAUAUAGCAGCAGCUACACAAGCUGUUUGGCUCAGAGAACUAGUUUCAGAGAUGCUUGGAACAGGGAAGCAGAAAGUACAACUCAAGAUCGACAACAAGUCAGCAAUUGAGGUAAACAAAAACCUAGUGCACCAUGAGAGGAGCAAACACAUUGACUUGAGGUAUCACUACAUCAGAGAAUGUGUUGAAGAAAGAAAAGUGGAGGUUGAGCAUGUUCGAACUAAAGAUCAGUUGGCUGAUAUACUGACAAAGUCACUUGGGCGUGCUAAGUUCACAGAACUCCGGUGCAGACUUGGGAUCAUUCAGGUCAAGUGA